GAGUUCGACGACGACGAGGCCAUCGUUGAGCAAGGCGAAAAGGAUGACAAGAUGUUCAUUCUCCGCACCGGCCAGGCUGUGGCAUGCAUUGGCGGCGAGAAGGGCGAGAUUGAGGUCAAGCAAUAUGCCAAAGGGGAGUAUUUCGGAGAGAUUGCGCUUCUCAGCGGCCAGCCGCGUAAGGCCAGUGUGUAUGCAGUCGGCAAAGCGACCUGUUUCUACAUCACCCGGUCGACCUUUCGACGAAUCCUGGGGCCUCUUCAAAGCUUCCUGGAGAAGAACAUGGACAAGUACGCCAAGUACCAAGAUGCCAUGAAGGAGGGCGCCAACGAGGAGGAUGACAAGAAGGAGGGGGCUCCGCAGGAGAAGAAGCAAAAGACCGUCCGCAAGCGGGAGAAGAAGGGCGAGGACCUCGACAAGAUCGAGAAGAAGGUGGUGAGCGAGGCAGCCAGCGAGAGUCCUGCAGAGACCCUCGCAGACAAGGUGGCGCAGGACUUCAAGAACCCGGCACUGGUAACACCCAGCGAUGCCCACGUGGUCGACGAUGCUUCCGUGAUGAUGUUCGGCGGCGUAGUGCCGGGUCAGAAGUUCACGAUGGACAAGCACAUUCACUGCCGGACAAAGUUCGAGAAAGGUCAGCGAGGAGAUGAGGACUUUUACACGUGGCAGGCUGCCACGAAGCUGAAGCAGGCGCAGGGUGUGGGGUUGCGGGCCGAAGAUUUCUCGCGAGAUUUCGGGCUUCGGACUGUGGGCAAAGAGAGGUAUUUCUUGACGAAGAGCAGUCACUUCGCCAAGAACUGGGAACUUGCGCUCCAGGAGGCGUUUGCCAAAGCACAGGAAGACUUGGAGAACUUUUGCCGUGAGCACAACAUCAACAUCGAAGCCUCCGGCGCGGCGGGGUCCUGCCUGGUGCUGGAGGAGCAGACGGCGGCUCGGCGGUUUAAGUUCUCCAGGCCCCAAAUGUGGGAAAUGAUGUCCUGGAUUGCCCAGGUUCACAUCGCUUUCAUCGGCGAUGCACGGAUCAUGCUUGGGUCAUGGAAUCGCCGGGACUCGCGUAUGAUCUUCUGUACCAAGGACCACAAACCCGAGCUUCCCGAAGAGAAGGCGCGGUUGGAAGCCGAAGGGAGCGAAGUGAGGGAGGUGGAUGAGGGCAGUUGGCGGAUCUACUUGAAAGGCUCCAACUUCCCGGGACUCACCAUGUCCCGUGCAUUUGGAGACACGGCCUGCGCCGGUAUCUCCCGUGAUCCCGAGUACCACAAGUUUUUGAUGCAGCCGAAUGACCAGUGGUAUGCCAUUGUGGCCUCUGAUGGCAUCUGGGAUCCUCGUCGGCAUUCCAUCGUCAAGUCGAAGAGCACUGGGACAAACAGCUACACUACAACAUAA